UCCUGUGACACCUCCCAGCAGCCAGGCACUUGUUGCUCCCGGGACCUGUUGUCAAUCCCUUAGCUCGCUUUUCCCUUAAGCCCCCUGCUGGCUCUUGAAGUCGGUUCUUUCCCCGGGUCACCUGAGACACUGAUCUCUCAGACAUCGCUGUCCUUGCUUGGGGAAAUUGAUGAGAGACUGGAAGCCUUAAAAGAAAUUAAACAGCGCUGAGAAGAGAGGCUCCCACCGUGAGCAGGAGCCUGAAGUGCUGCAGAGGUGGCGCCUCUCCGACCCGGGACCGCGGCCCGGAGCGCCGACGGUAUGAUGGACUCAGCGACAGCUAAUGGGGACGAUAGGGACCCCGAGAUCGAGCUCUUCGUGAAGGCUGGAAUUGAUGGCGAGAGCAUUGGCAACUGUCCUUUCUCUCAGCGCCUCUUCAUGAUCCUCUGGCUGAAAGGCGUCGUGUUUAACGUCACCACUGUGGAUCUGAAAAGAAAGCCAGCGGACCUGCACAACCUCGCUCCUGGCGCGCAUCCGCCUUUCCUGACCUUCAAUGGGGACGUGAAGACUGAUGUCAACAAGAUAGAAGAGUUCCUGGAGGAGACCUUGACCCCUGAGAAGUACCCCAAACUGGCUGCGAGACACCGGGAGUCCAACACUGCGGGCAUUGACAUCUUCUCCAAGUUCUCAGCCUACAUCAAAAACACCAAGCAGCAGAACAAUGCGGCCCUUGAGAGGGGCUUGACAAGGGCACUAAAGAAGCUGGAUGACUACCUGAACACGCCUCUGCCAGAGGAGAUUGAUACCAACAUCCGUGGGGACGAGAAAGGGUCCCAGCGCAAGUUCCUAGACGGGGAUGAGCUGACCCUAGCCGACUGCAAUCUGCUCCCCAAGCUGCAUGUUGUCAAGAUUGUGGCUAAGAAGUACCGGAACUACGACUUCCCGGCUGAGAUGACAGGCUUGUGGCGGUACCUCAAGAACGCCUAUGCGCGGGACGAGUUCACCAACACCUGUGCAGCUGACAGCGAGAUCGAGCUGGCCUAUGCAGAUGUUGCCAGGCGCCUCAGCCGAUCCUGAGCUUAGCCAUUUGGCCCGAUUCUGCUACAAAGGAAUUCUAUUUUUCCCAAUAGGCCUUCUACAGACUCAUUUCCCUCCUUUCCUUGAGGAAACACUUAAAAGCAAAGAACGAAGCCACAUCCUGCCGGCACCCCUGAACUCAGCUCCAGACUGCUACCUUCUAAGAUCAGUGCCAUCUUUCUGCCCUAUCCCAGGAGCCAGACAAGAGGAGAGAACGCAUCAGCAGACCUUCCCACCUGCUGACCCCAUCAGGUUCAGUGUGACUGGGGUCAGUUUGAAGAGCUCCCGUGGGAUUGUCACUGGUCCCUUCUGCCAAUGUCAUAAUACUUUCCCUGAUGCUUUAGCAACUCCAAUCCCAGCUUCUCCUCCACCCCACCUCUUCCUCAGUAACUAUGAGGAACAAAAAUCAUCCCAUGAUCCUUAGAGAGAGAACCAUGCUUUGAUUGGAAGACAGUGCUGGGGGAGGGACCCAGCUGGGUGUGGCUUUGGGAAUCUUGCAGAGCAGUUCCAGUUGCUCACUAUUUCUGACAGAGGGCCAUAUUAUAAUGUUCCCUUGGAUACACCCCAAUUUGUCGCAGUGCUGGGACCAGGUGCAAUCCGAUUAUGUCCUGGCCAGCACUGAGCCCGGCUUUCCACCUGUCUCCACAAAGGCCGUUGACCUAGGACUGUAAACUGAGGCGAUCCAAAUGGAGAGGGACUUCUGGGAAGCAAUGUUGAUGCCAAAAGACCCCACAGGGUCUACAGCCACAGGGGUCACUGACUGAAGAGCACUCAGCCACUGGAGAUUACAUGAGUGGGUGGGACUGUUCUUCAAUGAGUGACUUUGGGUGGAGUUGUGGGGGGAGAGGGAUGGUAGCAGAUAAAGCGAGGAGUUUGAAAAGUAGCCUAGUAAACCUUUAGACCGGUCUUCUCCCUCACCAUCUAAAUCAUGGACUGCUCUUAGGGCACACCUACCAACCAUCAAGCAGACUCCAACAUUGGCCAAAAUUGUCUUCCGGGCCCUUCCUAGUCACUUCUGGACAUGGGUUGCCACCUGGGUGUGCUCAGGCUCCCGACUUCUUCAGCCCCAGCGUCUGAUGGGAGAGAAAUUCUAACAGGGAAUAGUGUGAUCAAGGGCUGCCUUAGGAAGAAAGUCCAUGGGUCUUUCUGACUGGGAAGCCACAGCUUGAAUUUGGAAAAUAUACUGUCCUGCGUUCAUUUUCCUGCCGUCAGACUCAUCUAUCAGAUUUUUAAGAAAAAGCUUUUUUAAAGCCUAAUAUUUCUCUCCUUAGUUGUCUGCCUUGUGUUUUACCUACAAAGCUCAUGGGGCCUGAGCAUGGGAACCUGGACUGACCAACCAUUAUGACAAAUGAGUUAACCAUUCACUCUUCCUCUCCCAAUGAGCUAGGGCGCACAUGGGAGAAAUCCAUCCACUGGGCCUCACUCUAACAAUCCUGCCUUCUGUGUCGCUGCCAGUGCAGGGCGAGGCUCCUGAGGACCAGAAAGCCCCUGGACUUGGCUCAUUACUCCGGAGGGUGGGGCAGCACGGGUCCUUUCCACAGAAACGUCAACACGUGCUAACAGUCACUGGACUCACCUGCCUCUAGGGAUCGCCAAAGCAAAGCUCGACCAUUGAUCCAAGAAGGGAGGAAGCGGGAGGUCUCCCUAGCCCAUUGGGGAAGAGGACUCUGCCUGUGUUUUAUAAGCCUGAAAGAGCUUUGAAGGUGCAAAAUGAGUCGAUUCAUUUCCACCCUACAGGAACCUUUCCACAGGCUCUCUGCAAACUGCCCCUGGGGUGUUUAAAGGGCAGCUCUGCUGAGGGACCAGCCCUUUUUCUGCAGGGAAGAGCCCCUAGUGGGCCUGCUGAGCAGGGAGGGGGCAGGAAGAGGCUUCCAGAACCAUAGGAAGGCUGUUUAAUUAAUAGGAAACCAUGCUGUUCUCAGGAAUCCUUCCCAGAACUCACAAGCAGGGUGACCCAGGCAGUUCACAGCCCUGUGUCCUGCAGGUGGACCUAUGGUGAAGACCAGGAUGCAUAUAGAGGGGUCCCCAAGGGAAAGGAGAAUACUCAGGACCCUCAUGUGAUAUUCUGAGCCCGGAAAUGGGCAAGUCUUUAAAAAUAAACCACCCAAGCUGAGUCAAUACUAUUUCUAGAAGGUCCUCCUGUGAUUGAGUUAGUUUUACAUACAUAACAAAAUUUAGCCCAUGUUGGAUCUAUCAUAACCCCUUUAAAAAGUGGUGAGAUUAUAGAAUGGAGGCUCUUCUGAGUACUUGAGUUCAGAAGUUAUUUUUAUGUUAUCAGAGAAUCAUAAUUAGACUGACCAGUGUCUUAGGACAGAAUUGUCUUGGUAUAUAAAAAUAGCAAUUAAGUAAAUGAUGAUUAUCCCCCCAUCCCUCACCCCUACCCCCCACCCUCAGAGCAGAGUUUUCUUCUGAGGCUCCAGCUUCUUUGGACCUUGGCCUUAACCUUGUCAUGUAUAUGAUUCACCAUCUGCAGCCACCCUCUCGUAGGUUCCAAGUCUUAACUCAGACCGUGCAGGCACUGCCUGCAGAGACUGGAUAGGAGCUGUUCUGGCAAAUGCCAGUCCCUCAGGAAGCAUUUGGGUGACAGAGAAAGACAAGCUAUUUUGAUGGAACCAUUUCUUUUGUGUUCAUUUCUCACCUUGGAUUGACACAUGACAAUUUUGUGUGUGUGUGUGUGUGUGUGUGUGUGUGUGUGUGAAGUGGAAGGCAAGACAGACAGCUGGAGUGAGACUCAGAAUGACUGAGUUGCAUUUAUCUACCUAUUUAAAACUUCCUAUGUCUUGGGUUGACCCAGAAAAAAGGCCUUUAUUAAGAUAUUAGGAACUAUACACAAUAAGAUAGAAAGUGAAUUUUUGGUUGUUCCAGAACAUUUCAUAUUUUCCUGCUAAAUUCAGGGUCUUAGGUAUGUGCAUAUUCCCCGCCUUAAACAAGGGGUCUAGAUUAGGCUCCUGGCAGCAAACAACUCAGUUACGAAGUUGGAAACAGUCGGUUUAUUUGGUCAGGCAACCCUAAAUAGGUGCCAGCUUCCUGGUGCCUGCCCCUGGUGUUCCCUUCCGGCGCUGGUGGGACCAGACAGGAUCUUGAUUUUUCUUCAUUCACAAGAAGCCACUCCAAGAGUGAGGUUUGUUUGGGGGAUGUUUGUGGUACCUUCUGGUUGUGAGAUGAGGCAGCAGUUGAGAAGACAGCACCUGUGCUUCAAAGUGGCCAUAUUCUACAAAAAGACAGUCCCAAGCAUUUUAGGACCAUCUUGGGAAUGGAGCAUGCUUAGCAUAGACAGACGUUAACUGUCUAAAAGUCCCAGGAACCUGCAAGGCCCAGGCAAAUUGUGUUUUGAGGGAAGCAGAGGCAGAAGCUGGGUGUCCAUCUAGUAAGAGUUUGCCGCCAUCACUGGAAGGAUUUGCAACAACAAUCAGAUCUUUCUAGAAGCAACAGGUGUCUGAUAGGUGCUUCUGGGAUUCUCCAUUUUCCCAUGGUCAGAGGUGAGCUCAACUACAAGACGAGUCAGGAAACGGAUGUAGCCUUGCCUGGAAACAUGGAACAUUAACUUGUGCUUGAAACUAAGUUCAGUGAUUCUCAAGGCUUAUAUUUUAAGAUCUAAGUAUGUGUAUCAUAUAUAUUAUACCUAUAUAUGACAUUAAGAAAGAUCUUUAAGCUAAGUGAUACUGGCAUAUACCUUUAAUUCCAGCACUCAGGAGGCAGAAGCAGGCAAAUCUCUGUGAGUUUGAGGCCAGCCUGGUCUACAAGAUGAGUUCCAGGACAGCCAAGGCUACACAGAGAAACCCUGUCUUUCUCAAAAGGAAAGAAAGAAAGAAAGAAAGAAAGAAAGAAAGAAAGGAAGGAAGGAAGGAAGGAAGGAAGGAAGGAAAGAAAGAAAGAAAGAAAGAAAGAAAGAAAGAAAGAUCACUAGAAAACAUGGAGGAGAGAAGCGUGCCUAUGAAGCACCAGAUUCUUCUGUUGGGAGAAUGUUCGGAAUCUUGUCAUUGGCCAUGGGGCCCUUCUACAGACAGGCCAGUGACCUUGCAUCCUCUGCUUUCUACCACUCAAACUAACAGCCUGAGCUGAGCUCUAAGUCCAUUCUCUUCCCCUUACAAUAUUCUGUUCUCAGCCUCGUUUCAAGACACUUGCAUCUUGUAAGUAUGAAUCAAACAGCACAAUCCUAUUUAACGUUGUUGAAGGAAAUAGAUCUGUACUACUACCAGUAUACUACCAAAAAUAAGCAAAGCAUUGUCCCCGUAUGAGGUUUGAGUUAAAUCGUAUUUUCUAUUAAAUCAACCUGAUGUUUGGCAAAAAAAAAAAAAAAGUUUGAAGCCAUGAUAUUUUUGUAUAUAGCUAAAGAUGUUGAGACUUUGACCAUGAAUGUAUUUAUAGAAGAUAUCAGACUAGGAUCUAGCUUGGUUGAUAGAGUGUUUGCUUAUUAGCAUGCAUGAAGCCCUGGGCUAGAUCUCCAGCACUACAUAAACCAGGCUUGGUGUGAACACUUGUAAUCCCAGCUCUAGGGAGGUGGAGGCAGGAGGAUCAGAAGUUUAAGGUCAGCUACAUAGCAAGUUGCAGGCCAGCCUGCUAUAUGAGACCAUCUCAAAACAAAAGGACAAAAUCAAAAGAAGCAAAAUACCCAGCUGAUGUUUAAAUUUGUCCUCCCUACCCUCCCAGUCACCUAGCCUUUUCAUUUUUGUAAGAUAAGUAAUUAACUAAUUUAGCAAUUCUAAUUAAUAAUUUGUAAAUGCUCCAAAUAAUGGUAACUCACUUUUCUUGAGACCCUUAACUGUAGUGAGACCAGGCCUUGCUUGAAAGCCUUACUAAAUGCGACAUGCCUUUGAAUACACACAGUCCAACGCUUGCUUUAUAUCUUGAGCCAGCUGUAAAUGCAUUUCCCAGUUUUGAUUGGUAUUUACUGAUUCAAAUAAAGUUUGUUUAUUUUCAAAUA